AUGUCUACCGCAGAACAUGGAAUCGAGGCGACUCUACCAGCCCUAGUUGGCGAUAAUGCGGUUAACCACGCUCCCGUCAUUGAAAAGGGUCAGGUCUUUGGCGAGUCCGAAAAGGCCCUCUCCGCCACCCCGGAUGGCGAGGAACCGAAUGAUGAUGAGAACAAGUCGCUGCGUCACGUCGCGGAGAACCUCCCCCUCUCUGCUUGGCUUGUCGCUGUCGUCGAAUUGUGCGAACGCUUCGCCUACUACGGCAUGUCGGGAUUGUUCCAGAACUACGUCCAGCGUCCUCUGGACGGAAGCGAGGGACGCGGUGCUCUUGGCAUGGGCCAUCAGGGAGCCACUGGAUUGACGACAUUUUUCCAGUUUUGGUGCUAUGUCACCCCCAUUAUCGGUGCCAUUAUCGCUGAUCAGUACCUCGGAAAAUACAAGACUAUCGUGGUUUUCUGCGGUAUCUACCUCGUCGGUUUGCUGAUUCUGGUGUGCACAUCCAUUCCUAGUGCCCUUGAGAAUGGUGCUGGUCUCGGAGGCUUUAUUGCCGCCGUCCUCAUCAUUGGUCUGGGAACUGGUGGAAUCAAGAGUAAUGUUGCGCCUCUGAUUGCCGAUCAGUACAAGCGCAAGAAGAUGGCCAUCAAGACCACCCCCAAGGGCGAACGUGUCGUGAUUGACCCUGCUCUCACUAUCCAACGUAUUUACAUGAUCUUCUACGGCGCCAUUAACGUUGGAUCCCUCUCGCUGCUGGCUACUCCUUACAUGGAACGCGAUAUUGGAUUCUGGUCGGCCUACCUGCUCUGUUUGUGCAUGUUCGCCGUCGGAACUCUUGUCGUUAUCCUUGGACGCAAGCACUAUGUGGUUCGCCCGCCUCAAGGGUCCGUCAUCACCGAUGCUUUCAAGGCACUUUGGAUUAUGGUGAUCAACCGCAACAUGGAUGCGCCCAAGCCGACAUGGCAGGCCGAGAACAACGGUAACAGGCCGAACCUUCCCUGGGAUGACCACUUUAUCGAUGAACUCAAGCGCGCACUCGUCGCCUGCCGUGUCUUCGCCUUCUACCCCAUCUAUUGGGUUGUUUACGGCCAGUUCUCUAGCAACUUUGUCACCCAAGCCGGUCAAAUGCAAGGCCACGGCAUUCCCAACGAUCUCAUGCAGAACUUCGACCCGAUUUCCAUCAUCGUUUUUAUUCCAAUUCUCGAGGCAGUCAUCUACCCUGUUCUCCGUCGCAUGAAGAUCCGGUUCCGCCCAAUCUCUCGUAUUUCUCUCGGAUUCAUUGUUGCUUCUCUGGCCAUGAUGUACGCUGCUAUUGUCCAGCAUCUCAUCUACUCCGCUGGCCCAUGCUACGACUCACCCCUGUGUGAUGCCUCGAAGAUCGAUGGAACCGCCCAGGGAAACCGCGUCCACAUUGCCAUCCAGACUCCCGCUUAUGUGUUCAUCGGUCUCUCUGAGAUUUUCGCUUCCGUUUCCGGUCUCGAGUACGCCUACACCAAGGCCCCGCCGUCAAUGAAAUCCUUCGUGCAGUCCAUGUAUCUGCUCACCAAUGCGUUUGGAUCCGCCAUCGCCGAAGCUCUCACCCCGGCCGCGUAUGAUCCUGCCAUCAUGUGGAUGUUCGUUGGUCUCGCCGUCGCUUCGUUCCUCGUCGGUAUUUUCUUCUACAUCAUCUACCGCCACCUGAACGCUCAGGAAGAUGCCAUGAACGCACUCGACGCCGACGACCCAGAUGUUCCUGUCCCGCGCGUCAUCUCCGACAAGAAGGAGGAGAACUGA